AUGUGGAAGAUUUUCCAUGGAACAAUACCAGUUGGAGAGCAGCUGAUCAGGCGACAUAUUGGAGUUGAUGGAAACUGCAAGCUAUGUGGAAGGUGGACGACACCAGAAGACAUUGUAUCAAAAGCAAUUUAUCUAGCGAAGGAGUGGGAAACUAACCAGGUCCCGGCGUACUUCGUCGGCUCUCCUCUUACAGCGGAAGGACUUGCACUCCUUGAAGCUGUCACCGAGUGUAAGGAGCUUGGAUACACACGCAUAUGCUGUGAAUCGGACUCGAGCCAGUUGAUUCAAGCAGUGACGACUGUUACUGAAGCUUCAGAGCUCUAUGGCAUCACCGCCGACAUCAACGCAAUUGCUUCAACUUUCGAAGCUAUUUCCUUUCGAUGGAUCUCCCAGAUGAACAAUGUUGUAGCAGAUAACUUAGCUAAACAAGUCUUGGCAGAUGAAACUACAUUUAUUGUACCAUCAAACUUCGCUUGA